CUUUCUCUUACUUUACUUCUCUUAUAAACAUUAUAACCAUUGUAUUUACUUUUAUCCUCUCAUCUCUCCAUCUAUUAAUAUAUAUAUAUGUAUGUACCCUCUUUUUCUCAUUACCGCAAAACCCCAAGUCUCAAUUUUCCAAUCAAAAUUACUACAAGACAUUAAGCAAGGUGUUCUGGUUUCCAUAAGAUGUGUCCAGCAGGGUCUUCUAGGUGGUGUCCAACACCAGAGCAAGUUAUGAUAUUGGAAGAGAUGUAUAGGAGUGGGGUGAAGACCCCAAAUGCUACACAAAUCCAACAAAUCACUUCACACCUCUCUUUCUAUGGCAAAAUUGAAGGCAAGAAUGUGUUUUAUUGGUUCCAAAACCAUAAGGCAAGGGAAAGACAGAAGCUUAGAAGGAAACUUACCAAGCAACUCCAAUUACAACAACAACAACUUUUUCAUCACUACUUUGAUUCUCUCCCCUCCCCUCCUUUUCAACAUCUUUCUUACUAUAACUCACCCCCUCCUCCUCAGGUGGGAGUUCAUGAUGCAGCAGCAGCAGCAAAGCAAGGGAUUAACUACACGUGGAAGCUUGAUGUAUCUGAAAGAAUGGAUGUUGAUAAGUCUAUGAUGAAGAUGUACGGGGGUGAUUUGCUGAUGAUGGUUGAUUUGAGUACUCCCUCUUUAUCAUCACCAUGCUUCUUCACCACCGCCACCGCCACCACUGGACCACCUCCCCUUAAAACCCUUGAACUUUUCCCAGUCACUGCUUCCAAUCUCAAGGAAGAGUGCAACAAGAAUAACAACGGCUAAUUUAAAAACAAAAAACAAAACCUUUUUUCUCUCUGUAUGAGGCCUAGGUUGUAACUUGUAACUAGGUUUCUAUGUUUUUUUGUUUUCUUUUUUGAGAUGAAAUGUGGGUGUAAUUCUGCUUGUCUUUUUCUUUUUCUUUUUUUUCUGGUUUUCUUGGCUUUCUGCAAUGUAUCUGUGGUACUAGUACUGUUAUAUUUUUACCUAUGAAUCUGCACUGUAUUUUUCA